AUGAAGGUCUCUUCCGUCGAUGACUCCCAAUUUGAUCUCUGCAAUGGAAUCGCAGCCGCCACCCAUUUCACUGUCAUGAAAACCUCUCUCUUCUUCGCCGGCGACGGCUUCACCGUCUACGACUGCAAAGGCAACCUCGUCUUCCGAGUCGACUCCUACGGCCCUGACUCUCGUUACAAGGAUGAACUCGUUCUCAUGGACCCCCUCGGUCGCUGCCUCUUCACUCUCCGCCGAAAGGGGUGUUUUGGGCAACGCUACUGCACGGUUUUGAACGCCGGGAAAGAGCCGGUGGCGGAGAUUAGGAGGAAAGUGGAUGCUUCCACCAAUGUCAUGCUUGGAAAAGACGUUUUCUCUCUCUCUCUCAAGCCUGGUUUUGAUGGAGCUUUCGCCAUGGCUUUGGUGCUUGUUCUUGAUCGCAUCAACGGUGAUGAUGGGCUAGAUUCUGCCGCUGAACUAGAUCCCACCCUUGAUUGA